CCAUUCAAGAAGCGGCUCCGCUACCCCGGCCAGCACAGGGCGCCCGGCGCGCCUCGGAGCGCACGUUCCGCGCCUUCUCCUGCCGGCUUGCUGGACAUUAUGCGGCCGAGCAGCCGAGCCCCAGUCGUCCUCCGCCUCCUUCUCCUCCUCCUGCGGCCCGAGCGGCUCAGCUCUCGGCAGGCGGUAGCGUUGCUCAGGCGAGCGCAGACGGGACCGUCUCCGCUAGACCUCAGCGACUCCUAAAGUCAAAAAGUUGGCGGCGGGGCCGCCGGGGCUCCGCGCGCUCUCCGCGGCUGCUGCUUAGCGUAGCCGCCACAAGCCAAGCGGGCAGGAGGGAGGGGGUGGGAGCAGCGGGGGGAGGGGUGAAGAGCACCAUGCAGUUUGUAUCCUGGGCCACACUGCUAACGCUCCUGGUGCGGGACCUGGCUGAGAUGGGGAGCCCAGACGCCGCGUCGGCCGUGCGCAAGGACAGGCUGCACCCGAGGCAAGUGAAAUUAUUAGAGACCUUGAGCGAAUAUGAGAUCGUGUCUCCGAUCCGAGUGAACGCCCUCGGGGAACCCUUUCCCACGAACGUGCACUUCAAAAGAAAGCGACGGAGCAUUAACUCUGCCUCUGACCCCUGGCCUGCCUUCGCCUCCUCCUCGUCCUCUUCUACCUCUUCCCAGGCACAUUACCGCCUGUCCGCCUUCGGCCAGCAGUUUCUAUUUAAUCUCACCUCCAAUGCCGGAUUUAUCGCUCCACUGUUCACUGUCACCCUCUUUGGAGAACCCGGGGUGAACCAGACCAAGCUGUAUUCCGAAGACGAAGCGGAACUUAGGCACUGUUUCUACAAUGGCCAUGUCAAUACCAAGUCCGAGCACACGGCGGUCAUCAGCCUGUGCUCCGGAAUGCUGGGCACAUUCCGGUCCCAUGAUGGAGAUUAUUUUAUUGAACCACUGUUGUCUGUGGAUGAGCAAGAGGAUGAAGAGGAACAAAACAAACCCCACAUUAUUUAUAAGCGCAGCAUCCCCCCGAGGGAGCCCUCCACAGGAAGGCAUGCCUGUGACACCUCAGAACUCAAAAAUAGUCACAGUAAAGGCAAGAGGAAAACCAGAACAAGAGCAUGGGGGAAAAGGAAUAGCCUGGCUGAUGAUGUGGAGCUCUUAAAUAGUGGCUUGGCAACAAAGACGUUUUCUGCCUAUGGCAACAAGACAAAUGGCACGAGGGAAAGGAGGACCCACAGAAGAACCAAACGUUUUCUGUCCUAUCCACGGUUUGUAGAAGUGAUGGUGGUGGCGGACCACAAAAUGGUUUUAUACCAUGGAGCAAACCUUGAACAUUAUAUUUUAACCUUAAUGGCAAUUGUAGCUUCUAUCUAUAAAGACCCAAGUAUUGGAAAUUUAAUUAAUAUUGUUAUUGUGAACUUAGUUGUGAUUCAUAAGGAACAGGAAGGACCUUCCAUAAAUUUUAAUGCCCAGGCAACGUUAAAAAACUUUUGCCAGUGGCAGCAUUUGAAGAACCUCGAAGGUGAGACACACCAUGACACUGCUGUGCUGGUGACAAGGCAAGAUAUCUGCAGAGCUCAUGACAAAUGUGACACCUUAGGUCUUGCUGAACUGGGAACCAUUUGUGACCCCUACAGAAGCUGUUCCAUUAGUGAAGACAGUGGCUUGAGUACAGCUUUCACAAUAGCCCAUGAGCUGGGUCAUGUGUUCAAUAUGCCUCAUGAUGACAACAAUAAGUGCAAAGAAGAAGGUGUUAAAAGCCCCCAGCAUGUCAUGGCACCAACAUUGAACUUCUACACCAAUCCCUGGAUGUGGUCAAAGUGUAGUCGAAAAUAUAUCACUGAGUUCUUAGACACUGGGUAUGGUGAGUGUUUGAUGAAUGAACCUGAAUCCAGAACCUACCCUCUGCCUUCUCAACUGCCAGGCCUCCUUUACAACGUGAAUAAACAAUGUGAAUUGAUUUUCGGACCAGGUUCUCAGGUGUGUCCAUAUAUGAUGCAGUGCAGAAGGCUCUGGUGCAAUAACGUGGAAGGAGCAAACAAAGGCUGCCGGACUCAGCACACGCCCUGGGCCGAUGGAACCGAGUGUGAGCCUGGAAAGCACUGCAAGUUUGGAUUUUGUGUUCCCAAAGAAAUGGAGGCCCCUGUGACUGAUGGAUCGUGGGGAAGUUGGAGUCACUUUGGAACCUGCUCAAGAACAUGUGGAGGAGGCAUCAAAACAGCCAUCAGAGAGUGCAACAGACCAGAACCAAAAAAUGGUGGAAAGUACUGCAUAGGGCGGAGAAUGAAGUUCAAGUCCUGCAACACCGAGCCCUGUCUUAAGCAGAAGCGAGACUUCCGAGAAGAGCAGUGUGCUCACUUUGAUGGCAAGCAUUUUAACAUCAAUGGUCUGCUGCCCAACGUGCGCUGGGUCCCUAAGUACAGUGGAAUUUUGAUGAAGGACCGAUGCAAGUUGUUCUGCAGAGUGGCAGGGAACACAGCCUACUACCAGCUCCGAGACAGAGUGAUCGAUGGGACACCUUGUGGCCAGGACACAAAUGAUAUCUGUGUCCAAGGCCUUUGCCGGCAAGCUGGAUGUGAUCACAUUUUAAACUCAAAAGCCCGGAGAGAUAAAUGUGGGAUUUGUGGUGGCGAUAAUUCUUCAUGCAAAACAGUGGCAGGAACAUUUAACACAGUUCAUUAUGGGUACAAUACUGUUGUCCGAAUUCCAGCCGGUGCUACCAGUGUUGAUGUGCGACAGCACAGUUUCUCAGGGAAGUCUGAGGAUGAUAACUAUUUAGCUUUAUCAAAUAGUAGAGGUGAGUUCUUGCUGAAUGGAGACUUUGUUGUCUCAAUGUCCAAAAGAGAAAUCCGUGUGGGGAGUGCUGUGAUUGAGUACAGUGGAUCUGACAAUGUUGUGGAAAGACUUAACUCCACAGAUCGCAUCGAGGAAGAACUGGUACUUCAGGUGUUGUCAGUAGGAAAGUUAUACAACCCAGAUGUUCGGUAUUCAUUCAAUGUUCCCAUCGAAGGCAAACAUCAGCAGUUUUACUGGGACAGUCAUGGGCCAUGGCAACCAUGCAGCAAGCUCUGCCAAGGGGAGCGGAGACGAAAACCAGUUUGCACCAGGGAGUCUGAUCAACUUAUAGUUUCUGAUCAAAGAUGUGACCGGCUGCCCCAGCCAGGACCUGUCACUGAAGCGUGCAACACAGACUGUGAUUUGAGGUGGCAUGUUGCCAGCAGGAGUGAAUGCAGUGCCCAGUGUGGUUUGGGUUACCGCACUUUAGACAUCUACUGUGCCAAAUACAGCAGGCUGGAUGGGAAGACCGAGAAGGUUGAUGAAAGCUUUUGCAGCAGUCAGCCCAAACCAAGCAACCAGGAAAAAUGCUCAGGAGAAUGUAACACAGGUGGAUGGCGCUAUUCAGCUUGGACAGAAUGUUCUAAAAGCUGUGAUGGUGGAAGCCAGAGAAGAAGAGCUAUUUGUGUCAACACCCAAAAUGACGUCCUGGAUGAUAGCAAGUGCACACAUCAGGAGAAAAUAACCGUGCAGAGAUGCAAUGAGUUCUCUUGUCCCCACUGGAAAUCGGGAGACUGGUCAGAGUGCUUGGUCACCUGUGGAAAAGGACAUAAGCACCGCCAGGUCUGGUGUCAGUUUGGUGAAGAUCGAUUAAACGAUAGAAUGUGUGACCCUGAGGCCAAGCCAGCCUCCAUGCAGACAUGUCAGCAGCCGGAAUGUGCAGCCUGGCAGGCGGGUCCCUGGGGACAGUGCAGUGUGACUUGUGGACAGGGAUACCAGCUAAGGGCAGUGAAGUGCAUCAUUGGUGCUUACAUGUCAGUGGUAGAUGACAAUGACUGUAAUGCAGCAACUAGACCAACUGAUACCCAGGACUGUGAAUUAUCAUCAUGUCACCCUCCCCUGCUGGCUCCAGAACCAAGGAGAAGUGCACACAGUGUGCCCAGGACCCAGUGGCGAUUUGGGUCUUGGACUCCAUGCUCAGCCACUUGUGGAAAAGGUACCCGGAUGAGAUAUGUCAGUUGUCGGGAUGAGGAUGGCUCUGUGGCUGAUGAGAAUGCUUGUGCUACCCUUCCUAAACCAGUGGCCAAGGAAGAAUGUUCUGUGACACCCUGUGGGCAGUGGAAGGCCCUAGAUUGGAGCUCUUGCUCUGUGACAUGUGGGCAAGGUAGGGCAACUCGGCAAGUGGCAUGCGUCAACUACAAUGACCAUGUGAUUGAUCGGAGUGAGUGUGACCCGGAUUAUAUCCCAGAGACCGACCAAGAAUGUUUCAUGUCACCAUGCCCUCAACGGACCCCAAACAGUGGCUUAGCUUAUCACCCAUUCCAAAACGAGGACUUUCGCCCUAGGAGUGCCAGCCCUAGCCGCACCCAUGUACUUGGAGGAAACCAGUGGAGAACUGGCCCCUGGGGAGCAUGUUCUAGUACCUGUGCUGGAGGGUCCCAGAGGCGAGUUGUGGUAUGUCAGGAUGAAAACGGAUACACUGCCAGUGACUGUGUGGAGAGAAUCAAACCUGACGAGCAAAGAGCCUGUGAAUCUGGCCCUUGUCCCCAGUGGGCUUACGGCAGCUGGGGAGAGUGUACCAAGCUGUGUGGUGGGGGCAUGCGAACAAGACUGGUGAUCUGUCAGCGGGCCAACGGUGACCGGUUCCCAGAUUUGAGCUGUGAAGUUCUCGAUAAACCUCCAGAUCGUGAGCAGUGUAACACGCAUGCUUGUCCACAAGAUGCAGUGUGGAGUACUGGCCCUUGGAGCUCGUGUUCUGUCUCUUGUGGUCGAGGGCAUAAACAACGAAAUGUUUACUGCUUGGCAAAAGACGGAAGCCAUUUAGAAAGUGAUUACUGUAAGCACCUUACUAAGCCACAUGGGCACAGAAAGUGCAGAGGAGGACGAUGCCCCAAGUGGAAGGCUGGCACGUGGAGUCAGUGCUCUGUGUCCUGUGGCCAAGGUGUACAGCAGAGGCACGUGGGCUGUCGGAUUGGAACACACAAAACAGCCAGAGAAAGCGAGUGCAACCCAUACACCAGACCAGAGUCGGAACGUGUCUGCCAAGCCUCACCAUGCCCUCGCUACACUUGGAGGGCAGAGCAAUGGCAAGAAUGCACCAAGACUUGUGGUGAAGGCUCCCGGUACCGACAGGUGGUGUGUGUGGCUGAGGACCAAGGUAAAGUGCACAGUGCUCACUGUGACAUGGACCAGCGGCCUCCAGACCACGAGAGCUGCAGCUUGCAGCCCUGCGAGUAUGUCUGGAUCACAGGAGAAUGGUCUGAGUGUUCAGUGACCUGUGGAAAGGGCUACAAACAAAGGCUGGUCUCCUGCAGCGAGAUUUACACAGAGAAGGAGAAUUACGAGUACAGCUACCAAACCACGGUGAACUGCCCUGGCACACAGCCUCCUAGCGUCCAUCCCUGCUACCUGAGGGACUGUCCAGUCUCGGCCAACUGGAGAGUUGGCAACUGGGGCAGUUGCUCCGUGUCCUGUGGUAUGGGAGUGAUGCACAGAUCUGUGCAGUGUUUAACCAACGAGGACCAACCCAGCCACUUAUGUCCCACCGAUCUAAAGCCAGAAGAACGAAAAACCUGCCACAAUAUUUAUGACUGUGAGUUACCUCAGAACUGCAAGGAGGUAAAAAGACUCAACAGUGCCAGUGAAGAUGGUGAAUAUUUUCUGAUCAUCAGAGGGAAGUCCCUGAAAGUUUUCUGUGCAGGGAUGCAUUCUGACCACCCCAAGGAGUAUGUGACACUGGUCCAUGGUGACUCAGAGAAUUUCUCUGAGGUUUAUGGGCACAGGUUGCACAACCCAACAGAAUGCCCCUAUAACGGGAGCCGACGAGAUGACUGCCAAUGUCGGAAGGACUACACAGCUGCCGGCUUUUCCAGCUUCCAGAAAAUACGAAUAGACCUGACCAGCAUGCAAAUCAUAACCACUGACUUACAGUUUGCAAGGACAAGUGAAGGACAUCCUGUCCCUUUUGCCACCGCUGGGGACUGCUACAGUGCUGCCAAGUGCCCACAGGGGCGGUUUAGCAUCAACCUGUAUGGAACCGGCCUGUCUCUAACCGAAUCUGCCAGAUGGAUAUCACAAGGGAACUACGCCGUCUCUGACAUCAAGAAGUCACAGGAUGGAACCAGAGUCAUAGGGAAAUGUGGUGGUUACUGUGGGAAGUGCACUCCGUCCUCUGGUACUGGCCUGGAGGUGCGAGUUUCAUAAGGAAGGGGCUCUGAAGAGGAAGCCAUUAUGGGAUGGAUGAAGGAUAGUAAUACAAUACCUCCACCUUAAAUUUGGGUGCAUCUGUGUGCAUGUGUGAGGACCCGUGUGCUUGUGUUGUGUGAGUGUAUGUGUGUAUAUGUAUGUACAUAUGCAUAUAUAUACAGGUUGAGCAUCCCUAAACCAAAAAUCAGAACUCUGAAAUGCUCCAAAUUCUGAAAUCUUUUGAGUGUCAACAUGACAUCUUACAUGAAAAAUUGCAUGCCAUGAAACUGUUUCAUACACAAAAUCAUUUGAAGUGCUAUGUGAAAUUACCUUUAUGCCAUGUGUAUAUAAAGCUUUGUCCAUAAGAAACACAAACGAGGCGACUCUCCCCUGAGAAGCCCACACCCAUGUUCUCGGCUGUGUCUUGCUUUCUUCCUGAGCACCUUCCUUUCUCUUAACCCUACUGCUUAAACAUCUGUAUGGAAGUCUCUUAAUAAUUCUCAAUUCUGCUUUAAAAAAAGUUUCAGAAAGAAAGAAAUAUAAAUGUUUAGACUUGGGUCCCAUUCCCAAGAUGUCUCAUUUUGUAUAUGCAAGUAUCACGAAGGCUACAGAGUAUCUGAAUACACCGAUGACCUGAAGCGUUUCAAACAAGGGAUGCUCAACCUGCGGAAUACCCUAAUGAUGUAAAGUUUAAUAUUUAUGGUUGAAAUUAUUUAUUGUGAUGUAAUAUUUUUGUACGUAAAAUGAUUUUAUUGUGACUGCCUCUACAUGACGGUGUCCCUUGCAGUCAGAUCGCUGCAUUUUACGUACUCUACAUUAUAUGUAGUGUUAUGACAAAAGUGAUCCUUCAUUAUCACGGUACACUAUUGUUUACUUUCUACCUGUAAAUGUUUUACUGUUACUUUUAUAAAAUGGUAAUUCUUUUUGUUUUUGAUUUUUUCAAACAACCUAGCCAUCAUCAAGGUGCUACAAGAGUUGUUAGGAGGGUAUUUUUGGCAAUUGUAGGAAAAUGUCAUUAGCCAAUAAGUGACUUAUUAAUAUCACAGACUGUAUCUAUUCCGUUUCGUGUGAUCUCUGGGAAAAAAAAUAUGCUGCCUUGGUGCUAAUGUUGUAUGUUUUUAAAGUAAUCUUCAGAGUAAAAAAUAUAAACACUUAAUAAAAGAGAGGAACAGAUGGACAAUUCAGAACAGACAGAAUCACUUGGCUAGUAUCAGACCUGCUAUUUACACUAAUUUUUUUAGGCAUGUCUAUUUUGGAUGGUAGCCGGACUCUUUUCUUACUGUUACUGUUGUUAAUAUGCUUUACUCUGAUCCAUGGUGCCUUGGACUCCUUGCAGUCAAAUGGAGGGUCCCCCCCAACAGCUUCAAUACAGAGUGACACUGGGAAAGGGGGGGUUCUCCCACUGUUUCACCAAGAUAUCCUCAAAUGAUGCCCAAGUUUACCAGUAGCAAGACAAAGGAUGCGGAGCAUGGGCAUGGCCUUCAGCACCCCUCAGCAACUUGGAGAACUUCAGGAACAGAUUCUGAGCCAUCGAGAUCACCUUUUACAUGAAAACAUUGGCCAAUGACAUGACUUCUCUUCAGGCUGUGAGCCUAAUACCCUGCCGGGUUUCCUGUCAUCCUCAGCGUUUGUGUGAAAAAUAAACUGUGGAGUACAAGAUGCCCAAGUCUUUCUGAUCUACCAUGAACCCACCAUUCCUUACUUUCCAAAAUGGAAGUAUUGAAGCAAUGGUCAGAGGACACUUUGCUUGAGAAACCAUGUCCAAGCCUUCCAAACCAAAGAGAUUAGGAAAACCCCAGCAGUGUUCUCCAUCUCCACACAAACGCCAGA